AUGAAGCUUUUAGCUAAGAAUAAUAAUGUCUUAAAUCAAGUGCCAAUUAAGUUGAAAUUGUUUAAAAGUAGUAAUCUAGUAAAGUAGAAAUUAACUAUUUUAAAUGAAAUUUCUAAUGACUUAUGCCAAAUUAUAGACACUUCUAAUAUCUUAUACUACAGUAAGAUGUAUAGCCAACAAAAAACUAUUUUUAAGGAAAUAAUAGAGAAAAUCCAGCAUUAAUUUAAUUAUUUAAACUCUGAUACUCAGAUUUACAAUUAAUCUCUCUACAUGUAUUAUCUUGAAGGUUAAGAUUAUUUAGAUUUAGAUAUUAAUGAUAAUUAAUCACCUUUAGGCAAACAAUUAGUGUAAAAAUUACAAAAUUAAAUGAAAAAUGGUGAAAAAGUAAACAACUUAGAUGAUUAAGACGUCUAGUUUUUAAAGAUGUUAAUAAACGACUAUGAAUUAAGAUAUUUUAUCAAUAAAACAGAAAAUGAAAGGGAACGUUUGCAAGGACUUUUAAUGAUUGAACAAUUAAUUCUUCAAUAAUUAAGAGCCUCAUAAGCUAAAAAUAAAAAAGUAUUACAGAUAAAAAGAGAAAAGACCUACUCUUUUGAAAUAUUCCCUGAUUUUUAUAUGGGCUAUUUCUCUUCAAUGAAUCGCUCUACAGAUAUGAUUAGUUUGGAUUUACCAUCUUAAAUACAAGCAUAAUUGCUAAAACUAUGCUCAGAUCCUAAAUUAAGGUCUUAAAUUUUUAAUGACUUUUUAGAAACAAAUAAAUCAAAUGAAACUCUACUUAACUAAUUGAUGGAAGUAAGAUUAUAAUUUGCUAAUUAAUUAGGAUUUGAAGAUUUUUAGCAUUAUUCUUUGGCAUUGAAUUCAAAAUUUUUCCAUUUUACAAGAAAUACAUCUUUAAAAUAAAUGCUCAACUCUGUAAACUAAUAGAAAUAAGGAUUUAACAUUAAAGAUAAUAGCAACAAUUUAAAUAACGAUUUAAUCAACUAAACGAGAGAUAUUAAAAUAAUAAUUUAAAGAAUAUUGAACGCUUCUGUUGAAAGAUGUCAUAAAAGAUUAGAAACUUUGCUUUCUGAUCCUUUAUUAUACAAAAGUCUUUAGGAGAAAGCUAAAAUUAAAAAUACAAGUGAAUAAUAAUAGUGUUAGCUUGAAUAUUAAGAUUUUCUUUACUUAAGAUAAAAUAUUUUAGGCACUCCUUCAAAUAAUUUUACUCUUACAUGGUAGUAAGCUUUUAACCUUUUAAAUUAGGUUUCAUAAAGAUUUUUAAAUGUUGAAUUCAAAGAGUGUUAAGCACCAAAAAACCAUUUCUUUAACAGAGUUUGUGACAACAGUAAAGAAGAACUUUCUAAUUUAUCAGAAGUUCAUUCAUCUGAUGCAUUCAAAUAAAGUGGCACUUAAGACCAGCAAUAAAAAAAUACCUAAGUUGAUGAGAAAAAUAUAAAAUGCUUUGAAUUAUUUUUAAAAGAAAAAAAUGGAAAUUAGAAAUUGAAAGGAGUUGUGUUUUUAGAUUUUAAUGCAUACGAAGAUGCAAAAACAUGUUUUAGCUCAGGAUAUUGUGAAAUAAAUAAAUAUGUAUAACUUCCUUGCUUAUUAGUUAGAAUGAAUUUCAAAGUUUUAGAUAAUAAAACUGAAAUGACAUUUGAUAAUUUUUAAACUUUUAUGCAUGAAAUUGGCCACUCACUUCAUAGUGUUCUCAAUCAUCACCGCUAUUAACUAUAUGCUAAUAACUUUAAGAUAGAUUAUGCAGAAAUAUGUGCAAAAGUUUUUGAAAAUUUAAUAUUUCUUCUUCCAUAGAAUGCUGCUCCUAAAUCUUCUGCAACAUCUAAAGAAGAACAAUAAAAACCUGAUCUCUCUACAGAGUUUAUCUUUUAGAAGCCAUUUUAAUAAUAUAUAGAAAUUUUUAGAAUUGUAAGCUAGUUAGAACAAAUCUAUUAGGCUAAACUUGAUCUUUUCCUUCACGAAAAGCAUCCAGAGAAUUCAAUUACAUUAAAAGAAUUCAGCUCUUUAAUCUAAAAAAACAUCUUUAAGAAUUUAAUUCCAAAUAAUGAUAAUUAUUGGUUUUGCAACUUAUCUCAUCUCGAGGAGUAUUCUGGACUUUACUUUUCAUAUGCUGUUGGUGAAGAAGUGUUCAACGAACUAUAAGAUAGGAAUGAUUCCUUGCAAGAUCAAUAAUAAUUUAUUUAAAAUUUAUUUACAUCAGCUCAUCAAUGA